AUGACAACCAACAGUCCACCGCAAUACACCAACAUCGCCGAGGGCAUGGCACAACAAUCAAGAAUCUAUUGUCACUUUUGCAGCAAGCUGCCUCAAGUUCUUUCCGUCAUGUCAAGCCCCUAUGUGUCGGCGUUGGUGCUGCUACUGUGGCCGCUAACCUCACUGGAGCAGUGCCGUGCCGAGUGCACACCCGAGUACCAGAAGCUGUCCAGAAAUGGCGUCACACACACGGCGUGCAAACCACCCAACCCGCGUUGUCACAUCAUCGAAAGAGGAUUGAGGGCAGGAGAGGCUGAAGAGAUCCUACGAUUGCAUAAUGCCUAUCGCAGCCGGAUGGCGUUAGGCAUGGUGUCAGGAUUCAAGCCAGCUGCUAACAUGCGCCAAAUGUAUUGGGACGACAAGUUGGCUGAAGUUGCGCAAGCCCAUGCGGACCAGUGCUCGGAGAAGCGUUACGCCGAACACGACAAGAAGCAGGCGAGAGCCACAGCUAGAUUUCCCCGCGUCGGCCAGAACGUUGGCUGGCGUGGUGAAAACCGGAACCAGAGCAGCGCUACCUGGAGCCAGCGCAUCAAGAACUGGUUCGAUGAGCACAAGGACUAUCCACCCGAGGGCAUCGCGAGCUUCAAGGUCAUACGAGGACCCGCCCGAACGGGUCACUUCACUCAGCUGGUGUGGGGCGAGACCCGGUAUGUCGGUUGCGGCUACACUUUCUACACUCUGCACGACGACAAGAAUGCCAAGAAGUACCAGACUACACAAGUUUGCAACUACGGACCAAGGGGUAACGUUCUCACGGAGCCUGUCUACAGCGAAGGCCAGCCAUGCAAUUCUUGUCUUGACGAUGGUUUCUGCAACGAGACGACAGGACUGUGCAUGGGCACAUUUUGAGGAAAGCCACAGCGCACCCAACGUUGCAAGAUCUGUGUACAAGCUCAUCAGCCUGCAUCGCGAAGACGCAUCGUACUUGCAACUUGCAUCCAUGUUCUGUCUCCGUCCAACACGUUGCAGCAUCCGCUACACGCAGCGUUGCUGAGCAGGCUUCUUGGAGUCAUUGCAGUCAUACUGAUUCCUCAGCGCACGUAGCGCAAAUCCUGUCGUGUUGCCCUUAUUAAAAUGACUGUUGAUUUUCCAUUGCCAGAAUAUGAUGGAAUUAUUGACUUUGUUGGUUAUCAAUGAUUCCGCAAAACUCAUUGACUUGUCUAAAUAUUUCGUGCACAACAUUUCUGUUGCGCACUUCCCAAUAAAAAUGUC